AUGUUGCCAACACUGUCCGACGUGCCAACACAUCACCCAGACUGCUGUUUGAGUCUCUCCAACUCCUUGUUCUCGACUCUCAGUCAAAUCCUUUCCCCGUCCAAAGGGCCUGUUCUCUCCAUCGGUGCCGGCAGCGGCCUGCUCGAAGCAAUCCUUGGGAGCAGAGAUCCAAUUCGCACCGUUGAAGGCGUUGAAGUCAAUUCAUCCGUCAACAAAUAUCUUCCAGAAGAGUCUUCUUUCGUCGUGGGCGGCACGUGGGACUUGUGUCCCAGAGCACGGGAUGCUUCCGUUUGGGUCUUUGUUUACCCGCGCGUGCCGGCGCUUGUUGAAAGAUAUUUCGAGACCUUUGGCCAAGCACGCCUUGAGCUCGCCGUAUUCCUAGGCCCGAAAGCUGACUGGGCUGAUUUCCAAUGCGCCUUCCGAGUGCCUGGUUUCACCAACGCCGAGAUCGUUGAAGAUUGUGGACUCGUCCCAUACGAGGUGAUGGCAGUCAUCAGGAAGGAACAGGCUGACAAGUGA